CGGCUGAGGUCUCCGCAGUCGGCCAUUCACCGCCUCUACUUGUCUCAGUGACUCAGUUGACAGACAUGGACUACGAUUCAGACUCCGACGGAUCACAUAUAUCAGCCACUCCUCCACGAGACCCACUCCCGCGGCGGCCACCGCAACCGCCUCCAAAACCUCCUACCUCCUACAAAUCUACCGCAAGUACCAAACGCUCCUCUCAUUUGGAUAUCAUUUUCAAACUCAAAAAGCCAUCUUCGUCGAAACACGAUAAAAUCGAACCCGUACCUGAACCUGAACCCAUUCAACAACCGGACCUCCCUUCUCCAGUCGGUAAUUUUCCCUUCCAGAUUCGCCGUCCGUCGGAUCAACCCCAUCCAAUCUCCAUUGGCCGUUCCCUUGAAACCCUCCCCGCCGGUUUCUUCUCCACGCGUCGCGCCUCCUUCUCCAAAAUUUGUAAACCUUCCCUCAAUUUCGAACCGGAAACCUCACCAGAAAUAACCGCCGAACCUAAAAUUAAUGGCUCUGACGGCCUGGGUUCUACCAAAACUUGUAACAAGAAGCUUCCUAAUUUGAUCAGAGGAGAUGCCCUUACCCCAGUUAAAUUACAAAAGCGCAGCGAAGAAGGUAACUUCGUGAGGCUCAAUUUCAAUGGCUAUAAACGCAAGUUCACAGCCAAAGGUAAAAUGAAUAGUUACUCUUACAAAUCAAAGUACUUCAAAAGAAGCAAGAGAAGAGUCAAAUCCGAAGUCGAUACGGGAAGCCUUUGCGACGAAGAAGGUUUAGUGUCGGAAAUCAAGUUGCAGUCGAAAGCAGAGAAACCGAGUAGAUGCGAGUCAGUUGAAGCGGCGAUUUCGGCGGUUCGAAGCGCGGUGUCGGAUGAGAACCUGGUGAGGUUGUUGAAAGCUAUUUAUGGCUACGAUUUAUUCCGUGAUGGACAGUUGGAAGCGAUCAAGAUGAUUCUUGCUGGCAAAUCAACGAUGCUAGUUUUGCCAACAGGAGCUGGGAAGUCUCUUUGCUAUCAGAUUCCGGCAGUGGUUUUUCCGGGGAUUACGUUGGUGGUGAGUCCAUUGGUGGCUUUGAUGAUUGAUCAAUUGAAACAGUUGCCCCCUAUGAUUCAAGGCGGUCUCUUGUCUAGCAGUCAGGGACCUGAAGAGGCUGCUGAGACACUGAGGAUGGUCCAAGAAGGGAGCAUAAAAGUGCUCUUUGUUUCACCAGAAAGGUUUUUGAAUGCAGACUUUUUGUCAAUAUUUUCUACUCCUAACUCUACUCCUAACUUUGUAUCACUUGUAGUGGUUGAUGAAGCUCACUGUGUAUCUGAAUGGUCGCAUAAUUUCCGGCCCUCAUACAUGCGGCUUGGGGCAUCUUUACUUCGUGCCAAACUCAAUGUUGAAUGCAUUCUUGCAAUGACUGCAACUGCCACAACCACAACUUUGCAGUCUAUCAUGUCAGCUCUAGAGAUUUCUUCAACAAAUCUCAUUCAAAAGGCACAAGUUAGGGAUAAUCUAUGGUUAUCAGUGUCUUUGAGCAGCAAUAGAAUGAAGGAUAUGCUAAAGUUGAUGAAGUCCUCUCCUUUUUUGGAAGCUCAAAGCAUUAUUGUUUACUGCAAAUUUCAGUCUGAAACUGAUGUGAUAAGCAGGUACUUAUGUGAUAACAAUAUCUCUGCAAAGAGUUACCAUAGUGGUAUGCUGGCAAGGGAUCGUAGCCGCAUACAGGAGCUAUUUUGUGCCAACAAGAUUAGAGUGGUUGUUGCAACUGUGGCAUUUGGCAUGGGGCUUGACAAGAGGGAUGUUGGCGCUGUAAUUCAUUAUAGCUUGCCAGAAAGCUUAGAAGAGUAUGUCCAGGAGAUUGGUCGUGGUGGACGAGAUGGGAGAUUGUCCUAUUGCCAUCUAUUUUUUGAUGAUGUCACAUAUUACAAGCUCCGUAGUCUUAUGUACAGUGAUGGAGUGGAUGAAUUUGCAGUAAACAAAUUCCUUUGUCAAGUUUUUGCUGAUGACACAAGUUCACAUAGCAAAGUUUGUUCCCUGGUCAAAGAAUUAGCAUCUCGCAAAUUUGAUAUGAAAGAAGAGGUAAUGCUCACACUUCUAACACAUCUGGAGUUGGGUGAAACUCAAUACCUGCAUCUGCUUCCACAGCUAAAUGUUACUUGUACUCUGAAUUUCCAUAAGACUUCCCCUAUGUUACUUGCUGACAAGGAUACUGCAGUUGCGGCCAUUUUGAAGAAGUCAGAAAUUAAGCAAGGGCAGUAUGUGUUCAAUAUACCAACUGUGGCAAAUAGCAUUGGGGUUGCACCUGGUGAUCUAUCAAAUCACUUGCAGAAUCUAAAGGCAAAGGGAGAAAUAACAUAUGAGUUGAAGGAUCCAGCCUACUGCUAUAAGAUUGUUAAGGUUCCUAGUGAUUUCUGUUCUCUCACGGAACUUCUUACCAGAUGGUUACUGGAUAUUGAAAAUUGCAAGGUAUGGAAAUUGGAUGCCAUGUACAGUUCUGCAGUUUUUGCAGUGGAUACAUGUGAGAAGACACAUGAUUGCAAUGUUGCUCAGCAGACAACAUACUUGCAAGAGAGAAUUUCGGAUUAUUUUAGGGGGGACAAUAACCUUGACGUCCUUGAUAAGAUGGGUCAGAACAGCCCUUUUCUUCGAGCAGAUAUAAAGGUCUUUCUGCAGAGCAACUCAAAUGUCAAGUUUACUCCAAGAGCUAUUGCAAGGAUAAUGCAUGGAAUUGGAAGCCCAGCGUAUCCUUCUUCAAUUUGGUCAAGAACUCAUUUCUGGGGAAGGUAUAUACAAAUAGAUUUCAAGGCGGUAAUGAAUGCAGCAAAGGCAGAACUCAUGAAUUUUGUUGGGAAAGAUGCACCUUAGAUCUUUGCCUCAUGGACGAUAUGCAAGCAACUUUAUUUGAGAGCCAUAUCAAGAAGUUGGUUUGCAGAGUAGAGAAAACAUGAUAAAAAUGCAGUCGCAUGUGUAAUUUAUAUGACAGGUCAAGGAACAGCUGCAUAUCUAAAAUGAAUUAGGGCUUUGAACUUCCAAAGGAUACUAGGAAUGCAAAUAGUUACUAUAUUGCAAACAAGCAUGCGGCAUGAUGAACUUGUCCCUUUGCUCCCUGCAUAACAUUUACGGGAGGCAAUGCCAUUUGCAAUUUUUCAUGCAUGAUGGUCAGCAUGUUUACUAUUUGCAAUUUAGCCUAUUUUAUUUGGCUCCAAGAAUGGACAUGACUCAUGAGUGAUCCUUUCCCUUUUAUGGUCUAUGACAUUUCCGCCCAUUGUUGUCUUCCAAGUUACAACAACGAUGAAUUGAUAGUAAAUUUUAAACUUAGGGUUUGUUUGUUUGACUGAAAAUGAUUUCUAAAAAAUAACUUUUCUGGAAAA